AUGGGGUAUCUGCGUUCUGAUCCGUCUUUCAGCCUGAUUGACGCGGGAUCUGCGCUCAAAGAGAUUAGCGAGCUGAGUGAUAGUGAUUGGACGUCGCUUACCGAUGAUUGUCAGCGCAUCUCCGUCGACACUCCGGAGUUGCGUAUCGCGCUCAUGCUCCAGGAGGGCCAGCCCUAUCCAGGCGAAACUGGGAUCAUCCCCGAUCGCUUCAUUGUCUAUCAGACCAGCAAUACGGAGCAUUGUGUUAUGGAUACCCACCUUGACACGACCGCUGUUUUCCCCACCAUCUGGUUAGACUCCAGUUUCGACGCCCGCAACUGGUAUACGACAGUCUUGUGCCCGAGAGUUGCGGCGAUCCCCAUCCUCGCCAAUGCCGCCAUCACCAGUUCAAAGCCCUAUCUCGUCAUCGCCGACACAGGAGCAACUGACCACUGUUUCUGGGACCGCACAGAUUUCACGGAUUACCCACCCAUUGAACGAACCAGAACCGCCGCUGGAGGGACGAAAUUCAAGAUCGUUGGAACCGGCGUUGUGACGAAGACUUACGUGUUCAAUGGCCGCCAGAAAACGAUCUCCCUCCAUGCGCUUCAUACCCCUGAAUUUGGCAUCAACCUCGUCUCCAUCUCCAAACUCGACGAGAAGAGCGUCUCUGUCACCAUUGCCAAGGGAUUGGCUGUGUUCUCCGAUCCCAAUGGGACGCCAUUUAUGCGCGCGGAACGCAUCGACGGCAUGUACCGGCUGGGUUUUAGCUCCGCCGAUGUGACUGCUAUGGCGGCAAAGUCGCGUGCCAGCCCGGUUAGCAGAGAGACGUGGCAUCGGCGUCUCGUUCACAUCGGCAAGGCUGGGCUCGACUCCCUGAUUGAUGGAGAUGGUGUGAAGGGGAUAGAUAUUGUCCCCGAUGCUGAUCAUGGCAUUUGCGAGGACUGCCUGGCGGGGAAACAGGCGCGUCGACCUUUUGAUGGCAUACACGAGCCGGAAAAGGAGGUCGGAGAUCGAGUAUACAUGGACUUGUGGGGUCCAGCGCAGAUCACUGGGGUCGGAGGUGCUCGAUGGGUCUUCCACGCCGUUGAUGGCGCCAGCGCAGCGGUAUGGUCGUUUGUCUUGAAGACGAAGGAAUCGGCAGGGACUUUCGAGGCAUUCAAGCGGGUGAAAGCGCAAAUCGAGACGCAGACUGGGAAACGAGUCAAGCACGUUCGAGUCGACGGUGGCGGCGAGUUCAAUAACAAGACGUGGAGUACGUACCUUGGGGAAGAAGGCAUUAUCCUCGAAGUCACGACUCCGCACUCGUCAGCUCAGAAUGGUGUAGGGGAACGAGGCAUACGCACCACCAUUUCAUUAGCUCGCUGCCUGCUUGCUGACUCCGGCCUCCCCAAGUCGAUGUGGCCCAAGGCCGUCGAGACUGCGACAUACGUGCAAUGGUUUCAUCCAAAGAGGCGAAAUGACGGGAUGACACCGUGGGAACGCUUCUUCGGGAUCAAACCUGAUGUUUCCCAUCUCCGCGUUUUUGGUUCCGUCGCUUAUGCGAAGAUCAUCCCAGCCGACGCCAAACUCAACUCGCAGACGGUGAAAGUGGUGAUGGUUGGGUACAACGGGACAGCGGGCUACCAGAUGUGGCACGCAGAGCGCGGGCAGUUCUUCGAUGCGAGAGAUGUCGUAUUCGAGGAGGGAAGUGGACAUUGGUCACAGGCGUCCGCAGCAGGGGGAGAGUUGGAGGCUGCUGAGCCUGUCUCCGUCCCAGCUGGCUCUGCUACCAAUUCGGAGACUGCAGAGCCUGUUCCGCACGUUCCAGUUGACUCUGCUCAUACCGACACUGACCAAACAUUGCCCCCAGAUGUUCUGACUGCUCCUCCCGUUACCAAUGCGCCCGGGUCGACUCCCUUCCAACCAAGACGAGCAAGCCUCCGCCACUAA